AUGAGCAGCAACGGGGAAGGCGGGCGAGGGGGUCCCGGCCAUGCGGGCUCGACGACGAAGAAGAUGCUGCAGAACAUCAAGGAGAUCGUGGGGGGAAACUUCUCGGACGACGAGAUCUACGCUAUGCUCAAGGAGUGCAAUAUGGACCCAAGCGAGGCCGUCCACCGCCUCCUCAACCAAGGUAACUACUCCGGCGUGCGUCUGGGGCAUCCACGGUGGGAAUCGCUACCGGCGACGUAAUGGAGACUCCGUCUUUUUCUUCUCUGUUUUUUAUGCUCGUACGUCCUCUUCGGUUGAUGGGAUGUUCUAAUCCUGAUGAAUACCUGUGAGACAAGACGAUACCCGGAUUGGGGGUGGGGGGGAGGAGAGAGAGAGAGAAUGGUGGAUCCUUUCUCUAUUCUUCCUCUUCAUGUGUGCGCUUGCGUUGGUACUAGAGGAGGGAAAGGAAGCAGCACGCCCCCCAUCCCUCCGAGAAAGUUUCCUUUCGUUCUUCCACUGUGACGACCCGCGUUUUCUGUUGAGGGGAACAAAGAAAGGAGCCUGAGGGUUGCUUUGGGUUUGGUUGGGGGCACUUUCUUUCGAUCCCUGACAAUUAUACCCGGUCUUAAUCCCUGUUUUCCUGAACAUGUUAUGGUAUUGGUUUCUUUUGUUCAUCUCACCGCUUGGUCUUCAGAAUUCCUGUGUAAUUUUGGAUUUGGGUAUUAAAGGGGAAAAUUCAGCCAGCAGUUCCUGUAAUUACGUGGUUGAUUUUGUGCAAAUCUAUUUUAUAUCUUGCUUCUGCCCAUCAUAGUCAUUCGUUCUUUAUUUGCUGCUGCAAUGCAUAUGACCUUUUGGUAUCGCCAUAUGUGUCACAUGCUUCAUUCGGGAUUUAAUCUUUCCUUUCCAGCUUUAAUGAUAUUGCAUUCUGAUAGAAUGGCAUAUAGUUAUAUUUUGCUUAUUUCGGCAGCAAUCACGUUGCAUUCUUGUAUUAUCAUUUAUGCUCAUUUUUGUUUGAUUAUAAUCAUUUGCUUUCGAUUGUGUAGAUUCCUUCCAGGAGGUGAAGAGUAAACGGGAAAAGAAGAAAGAUGUGAGUGAAGGAUAACAUUGCAUUUAUUUUUUUAAUUUCGUCUUCCAAUUUUAGAUUCCGCGCUCAAUUAUUUCUUGGCCUGUUCGUUUAAUUUCCCUGGUAGGCAGAGUAUAAUAUCGAAGGUGGCAUGACGACAUUGCUAUGAAUUUUAAGUUUACAUUUUGUUUAAAUAUUAUUUAUUUAUAUCACAUAGAUUGUCAUAUCAGCAUGCCAUUCGCAAUUUAAAAUGCACACAGUCCUGAACCUUAUGUAAUAAUAUACUCAUUCUUGAAAUCACUUAGAUUGUUCGCAUGAGGCCUUAUGUUUCUGUCUUUUGUUCAGGUAAAGGAAACUGUGGAAUCCAGACCUCGGUUGACAAAUAGUUCACAUCGUGGUUCUAAAGGUGUUGCUGAUCGUGGUGCUCGUGUUGGUUCUACCCACAUUAGCUCCAGUGGUAUGUGCUCGCUUUGGCAAAUUUUCCUGUGUAUCUAGAAGUAAAAUCUCCGGACUACUUUUGCAUCAGUUCUAAUUCCAAAGCUUCUUUUCGCGGCUCCUCCAUGCAGCGAACUACAGCAAACCCAUGGCCAAGAGAGAAACCGGGAUAAAUGCUAUUCCCACAUCCUCAGUGUCCGUACCUGGUGUUGUGGGCCCAAUUGGUACCAAGAGCUCCAUACCAUCAAGGUAGGUGAUUUUGAUAUUUGGAGAGGCUAAUGAUCAAGUUUUCACUUAUGCCCGCCAUUUUGUGUUUUUUCGCACUUUAUCCACAGGACUCCUUGAUACCUUUUCGAUAAUCAUAUUCUCUUCCAUAGUCGCGACUGAUGUAGCAUAAGUUAUUUCUUGUUUACAUUUUGUUAUUUGUGGCCGGCCCUGGUCUCUAUGUCAAGGAAUUGCUGCUCCUAAUAUUAGUAACGAGAACCUUCCUGUUUAUUUGCCCCAAAAGUUAAGACAGUUGGCUUUUUCCAUCUCUAAACUUUUAACUUUUUUCGGAUAUAGUCAUGAAGAUUAUAAAUUUGGUAUUGUCGGUAUCCAACAUCAACACCAACAUGUAUGUCUAAGGUGUACCAGAUCAAACUAGGAGUUGAGCUGUUAGCCUACAGUUUUGUCGAAUUCACAAUUUGAAAUGAUUUCUUUUAUUUCUGAAUUAAAGAAAUCGUAUGUAAUGAGGUUAAUUGAAAAAGCUAUCUACAGGCGAAAUUAGUACUAUAUAGUUUCCAUGUUCAUUUGUUAAUCCCUCCCUCUAUCCAUUCCUAUAAUCCCUUUUCCAUUCCAAUGAUAGAGGUGGUGAGCAAGCGGAGACAAGUAGGACAUGAGGGCCGUUUUUGCGAUUUAUACAUUUGUUUUUCGCGGGCAUUGCUUGUUACACAUUUGAAACCCAGAAGCAAUCUAAAUGAAGUGAAAAUUUUAAUAGCAAUAUCCUACUUUUGUCACGAUAGGUUUCAGCUGUGCGCCUACCCUAUCAGUCCAAAACUAACAUUGGCACCUAUAUAUAAAUUGUCGUGAUGAAUUAUGGUGACCGGAAGUUGGGUAGUAGAAUCGCUUUAUAAAGAAGCUCAUAUGCUUCUGCUAGAGAAAUAACUAGUUGCUUCAUCUAUUUCAUUCAGUGUAGACAGUAUCCCAUCUCUCUUCGUGAUUGGUGUCCUUGGAAGGUAAAAAGAAGAAAUGAAGCUCUGCAUAUAGAAGUGGUUAAAAUUUUAUUCAAUAUCAAUAUCUGUGUUGUAGUUCUUCUGGAGGGAUGCUGAUGCUUUCUUUGGAUGCCACCAGUGAUUCAUUCUGGUUGUAUCAUGUUUCGUUUUUUCUCCUGUAGACAUGUCUAUUAUUAAACUCUUUUCUGGUGGUUUGAAUCAAAGGUUCAUUAUGAUCUUGUUAUUUAGCACUUUUUGUAACCAUAUCCUCUUCUCAUGUUGCAGUGAUUCUGUCCCCUUGGAGGCUGCAGGAUCUUCUACUCUGACUCCUGACAACCUGUCUUCACAAUAUUCAACAGGAGUCCAGAAUGCUUGGACUGGGAUGGCGGGCCAGCGAACAUUGGCUGAUAUUGUGAAGAUGGGUAGACCUCCAGGCAAGGUUGUCAGAGCACCAGUUGCUCCGACUAACUCCGAUUCAUCUCAUGAUGUAAUUCUGCCUACCAGUCAGCACUUUGGUGCUAAGGCACCGAGCUCACUGGUUAAGCCGUCAGAAUCACACCGUGAAAGUUCCAUGCCUGGUGAUUCUAAUAUCCUUUUUGAGCAAGGUGAUUCUGUGGCUCAGCACUUAUCUCAUGAUGAGUGGCUGUUGGUAGAUCAACCAAAGGCAGGAACUGGAUCCUCUCUUUUAGAAACACGUGGGACAUCUGGUGGUUUUGCUGACCCAUCCACAUCAUCGAACUUACCUGUUGAUGGCAUUGAUUUGCAUCAUGGCUCGCAAUUAGAUGAGAUUCGUGUACAAGGAAAUAUCGAGGGUGUUAUUCUAGCAGAAGAUUCUUCUCGACCUAUAACAACAUCUGACCGGCAGCCACAUCUGGAUAAUUCUAGAAGGGAUUCUGGUUUGGAUGGUGGUUCAACUAAGGAUACUAGCUCUUUUCAGUCUGAGAUACACAAUUUUGAGCAUAAUGAAGGUAAGUUUAUGAAGCAUUCUUGCACUUCCUUGGCUCUUUAGUGCCAUUAUAACUCUCUAUUGACUUUGAACAGGUUAAGAUCGAUUACGAGUUUUAUUUAUCUGUGAAAAAUGUUUGUUUACAUCCCGUAUAUAUAUCAAGAUCUUUCCCGGUUUGGACUAAUCAGGGUCUUGGACAGAAUUUUGAGUGCCUAGCCUAUCCAAGGCUUGGGUACUGUUUUGCCACGAGGACUGACCAGAACCAAUCUCCUUGCCCAUUCCUCUUCCAGAACCCCUGGCUCAGCCUAACAAGUCUGUAACCACACCAAAAAAAUGUUGACCACCCUGGCCCAUUGCGCCUGGUUUCAUAUGGCCUAGCUCAAAGCACAUUUUCGACGGUUUUCAGGGUUUGGUCUCAGAUGGACGCAGGAUAUAAAGGGCCCGGCCCUUUGAUUACCAGAUUUCUUGUAGCACAUUCUUGACUUUUGUUUUCCUUUCUAAAGUUGCAAUUUAUUUUGUUCAGAAACCUCAAGCUAGUACAUUCCGCAAAUGGUUGAUAUAACAAUAUAUAAAUCAAGUAUGCUUAUGUUUGUCUGAUCUUCAUUAGUUACCGUCGUCAUCUCUGUUUUAGUUAUAAAAUCUGACCAUAGACACUGCAAGAAAUGUAAUAUUGAAGAGGUACUAUCAUGUCUGGGGUUUUGUGAAACUUCGCUCAAACAAUUUCAAAAAUAUCUUUCUGUUGUUUCUCUUCAUUAAACUACCACCUUUCCCUAUUGUUACAUUGCUUAAGAAGAGAAUUAAAUGAUCCAAUUAGCAACUUUUUCAACACUGCUGUUGUACAUUUUAUGUGAUAUUUUUGCUUUUUGGAAGAUUAAAUCAGUCAGCAAAAUGUGUACAUCUAUUAGUUUACUAUGGUUUUUAAGUAACUAUGAAUAGUCUCUCUGGUGCAGUAGAUUCAGAAAUCCAAUUUCACGUGAAUUUCUAUUUUUCAAAACUGAUGGCAUUGCUUAGAGCAAUGGUGUCAUUGCUUCGAGCAAUGGUGUUAUUGCUUCAAGCAACACGCGAUAGCUACUAGUUUUGUCAGUGACAUUCUGGAUUUAAACAGAGUUGAAUCAAGUUUUCUCCAGUUUUUAUGAUACUCUAAAAAUCUGUUCCAUGCUGGCUCAGCCCUGCAUUCAUUGGCUUGAGUUAUUUUUGGUGUAAGAAGGAACGAUCAGUGUUGAUCUAUAUAACAUAUUUGAAGUAGAUUCGGUCAAGAUAAUCUAAGUUAGUUCUUUCCAGUUUGUGUGUUGGGAAGCUGGCAAACUGGCAAACUUUGAUACAGAGCAUUGUACUCGAUGAAUACUUCCUACCUUUUCUAUCUACUUACGCUGUCUUGUGAUUUACUUAGAGAAGUAUGCUUCGGAUGAGAGUAAGCUUUUGAUUUUAAUAUCCACAUUGAUUGAUAGAACCUAGAGAAUUCAUAUGAGACUUGAAUGAUGAUUCAGAGUUUAGUAUUACCUUUAUUCUAAUCGUCAGCUUUAUAAGUACUGGGUUCUGAUAUAUAUUUCAUAUUUUUUGUGCACUUUCCAGUUGAUGUUGGCGACGAGGAGGUACCUGCGGCCACAUCUAACCUGCGACGGCUUACUUUGGAAAAGGAGGAUGCAUCUGUCACACAUGCAGAGGAUAACCCUGCAGUUAUAAUUCCAAACCAUCUUCAGGUUACAAACGCUGACUGUUCGUAUUUGAGCUUUGGCACCUUUGGAUCGGGUAUAAACGCUGCCUUUUCUGGACCAUUUGCAUCAAAAGCUCAGAAUAGCAAUCUAGAUGUUCCAUGCGAAACAUCUGAAUCCACUCCAGUUGAUGAUUCUGAUGCUAGGUACCUUUCCUGUAAAAAAAAUCUUAGUUUAUUUUUAUUUUAUUUUAUUUUAUUUUAUUUUAUUUUAUUUUAUUUUAUUUUGUUUUAUUUUAUUUUGUUUUAUUUUCUACUUCAAUGGGUGCAGAAAUUCCGAAUACUUCAGUAAUGAACAUCUGGGAGUUACCUUAAAUGAGAAUGCAGAGAAUAGAUCAAGUCCAAAUGUUGAAAGCUACGAGGCACCUUCAUCCUCACAGCCCGAUGUUGUCAGAUCAGAAAACACUGAUGCCAUGGAUGGGCUUCAAUAUCGACUACAGUCCUCAAUACCUGGUUAUACCUUCUCUAACACGGGGGAACCGACUGCUGCUCCAUCAUAUGCCUCUGUGCAAGGAAAUUCACACAUGCAGAGCCCUGCUCCUUUCUCAAGUGUAAUGGUAAUCCUAUACCCCCCCUUCCCCCCCAAUUCUCGGUUAGAUUUCUCGUACUUGAGCUAAAAUAAAUGACCUUGUCCAGUGUAUGACUAGUGGAAAAUUAGGAGAGGGGGAGGGCACUCGAGGUAGUAAGAGAGGAAGUCUAGAUGCUCUGUCCUCUAAUCUAUCACAGUUGUCUCUAAACGGGUAGGCUGCGAGCCAGCCCUCUUGUGAAUUGGUUCUAGGGGUGGUAUGCUUUCAGUAACAUAGUUCAAGGUGGGAUCUUUGGGAAGAAGCAGGCGUCUUUGGACAGAUCAUUCCAUUGGUCUCUGGAACAGGUAUACUGAAUGCCUUAUUGUGGGUUGGCAUUUGAUGUGGGUGGGCUGUGCUACCGUUGCCUCAGAUGGAUCUCUGGGGCAUUCAGGUGGGUGGGCCAUAGUUUUGACCACCGCAGAUUCAUAUAGUCCUUUAAAGUGAUAGGAGAGAUUAAUUUCUCUUCUUUUGCUGUGAUGACUGUCCUCUGACUCUGGAGGGAAUCUGUCUAGGUUUUAUUUUUCAGUGGAGAAAUUUGAUCUCUUGGGACCUCUUCUCCCCAGAAGAUGGACCCAUUAGUAGUUUAGGGUUUGCCCAUGUUCUUCAGAGUGCGGAUGGGAUCCAUUUGAAUUGUACCAGCUGAUCACUGAUAUCCCCAAAUCGUGGGGCCAGAUGAUGACCCAGAGAUCAGUCCUUGGACCGUUUGUGUUAGUCUGACUAUUUCUAGGCGAGAGUUACUGUUGAAUUGGUUGCUAUUGCUUCACUGUUAGAUUUAUUUGUUUUGUUUUUAUUUUUUUUCGAGAAAAAGUCGUCUGUGAUAUCAUUCAUGAAAUAAAGUUGGUCAUAGUACAUAACAAACGUGCUCUUGGAUAAUUAUUUUCAAUAGAUCCUUUGGCAGAAGUACGCUUCACCAUGGUGCAGCUCUCUCAUUUAUUAAGCUCUCCGCUGCCACUGCGUCAUCCUAGCAGUUAUGCUCUGAAAUACGUUGACUUGCUUAGGGUGAACUAUGAAAUGGGGCCGGACCUCUUCUGACCAGCCCCUAUAUAGCAAAUCGCACUAUGUUCUUCAGUGCUUUGCUGGAUUUUUAGUGUUUUCAUCAUCUUUUGAGCUAUAUAUUUUAAAAGUUUAUGUUACCAUCUAAUUACCGACGUCUGACUUCUAUGUUGACUUCUCCCCCUCUGCCUCUUUCUCCCUUUCUUCAUCUUAUGCAGCAGGCCUACCCCAGUUCCUUACCCGGCAACUUGCUGGCGUCAGUCGUCCCACCGCAAGAAUACGAUCUGCCUCACUCGUCCCUGCUUGCAACACAGUCGAUGCCCACAAAAUACAGCACUGCGAUGUCUUCAAUCAGUGGGCCCACCGUCUCCAUGCCAGAGGUACUCGCUCAAACUCCGACGAGUGCCGCCCUCCCUUUAUCCUGGGAUCGUCCGUUGACCAGAUUGUUAUACCCUUAUCUUUAUUCUUACUUGCCUCGGGUUGACUUGUCGGGAACCUGUGAAAUCAAGUUGUUGGAAUUGGUUUUCUUUCUUUUCUUUUCUACAAAUUUCUUUUGGUAUGAUCCAUAAACGUCACUGAAUCCCCUCCUCUGCUGCUGCCGUCUCUCUGUUGGUUGCAGACUGUGAAGCCAGGCGGCGGCUUUAGUGCAGCUCCGCCGGCCCUGCAGAGCUUAGCCGCCACCAGCAUUCCGGCCGGACCGGCUGUUCCCCAGCACCUGCCGCCAGUUCCCCAGUACUCUCAGCCCACUCUUCCUCUGGGGCACUUCGCCAACAUGAUAAGCUACCCACCGUACCUCCCUCCGAGCUACACCUACAUGCCCUCCGCCGCCGCCGCUGCCUUCCAGCAGGCGCUCGCCGGCAGCACCACCUACCAUCAAUCUCCGGUGGCGGCGCUCCACGCAGCAGGCUUGAAGUACACGCUGCCGCAGUACAAGAACAGCACCGCCGUCGGCAACCUGCCCCUGUCGGCCGCCGUGCCCUCCGGCUUGGCGGGCUUCGGCGGCUCCCCCAGCAUGCCGGGGAACCUCCUGUUGAACCCUUCCGGUGCGUCGGUCGGCUCGGUGGCGGCGUACGACGACAUCUUGAACGCUCAGUACAAGGAGCAGAGCCAAUACGCCCCUCCCCAGCAGGUGAGCUCUCGGGGCGUCUUUUAGCAUUCUCCUUUUCACCGCUCAAUCCCAAGGUGAUUGGGCUUCCAGUUUUGGCUUCUUCUUUAUCUUCUGCAUUCCCUGUUGACUUUUUGGGCUCAAAAGUCAACUGCAGCCUGUAAUUAACCGUUGCUUGCUUGUGGACUUCUUUUCUUAAUGAAGCUCCAGAACGAGAGCUCGAUGUGGCUGCACGGGGGAGGCUCGAGGGCGGCGGUGUCGGGGCUGUCAGGUGGCGCCGCCUACUACAACCUCCACCAGGGUCCGAACCAGCACGGCGGUUUCCGGCAGAGCCAGCAGCCGUCCCCCUACGGCGGCGCCGCCGGGUACCCCAACUUCUACCUUUCCCAAGGGUCCGCCACAGGCCAGCAGGAGCACCUCCAGAGCCCCGGCGACGCGCGGCUGAGCGGCUCCCAGGGGCCGGCGGCGCCGCCCGCCGCGGCCCACCAGAUGUGGCAGCACAACUACUGA